CCCCAGACAGCUCCGGCAGCGCCCGGGGACCUUGCAGCAGCCCAGCCGGGAGCCCCAAGGAGCAGCGGGCGCCAGCAUUGCAAGUUUGAAGAGCUCCAUACAAGGCGCCGGCAGGGCCCUAGCAGGAUCCAGGGCCCGGGUUGGGUACUCAGGCUCUCCCCGGGUGGCUCUUCCGAAGUCCUCCACCCUUAGGAUGUAGACACUAGGAAGGCGGAGCGGGGAGCUGCCGGAGCGAAAUCUUCUGGCUGCCGUUUUGCAGGGAAAAAAAGAAAAGAAAAAAAGGCACCCCGGGCUUUUGUUUCCAGUCCUCCGGCUGCAGUUUCCCAGCCACAAAAGCUUGGAAGGGGGGGCUGGGGGAGGGGGAUGUGCCAAGCCGAUUUGUAGCCUUGCAGCCAAACUGCCUGGGAAGCCUCUUUUUCUCGCUUUUUUUAAAUGCAAAGUUUGCGUGCUUUUUAUUUUAAGUUCCCUGCAAAGCCUGCAUCGGUUUUUUAAAAAGCAAAGAACUGGGGACAUUCACCGGCUUCGGGGAGUUAAAAAAAUGGGCUGGCCAUCCUAUGGCUCACACUUGGAGAAAAAGAGACUCUGAAGAGUUGCUUUGAUGAAAAGGGACUGGGGGUUGCGUGAACCAUUCUCCCCAGACUGCCCUAUGCUGUCGCCUCGCUGCUUCCUUUUUUCAUUUUUCAAGGGAUGACUUUGUAAUCCACCCCUUUCUUUUUUUAAGUUGUCUCGGGGUUGGGGAUCCCUGUGAGCUUGCCAAUGGCUGUUCUCAAUGGCUAGGAGCCACCUUUCCAAUCUACCUCUCAAGGCCGCUGCGAAUCGUGAUCACCGCUUGGUUUUUAUGCUCCUCCUAGUCCUCCUUGGCCUUUUGAAGACAUCUCGGCCAUGUUGAGGCCCAAAGUAGGACCUUUGGCCCCUGGAAGAGGGGCCCCCUCACUGGCUCCCCCACAGCAGCAAAAGAAAGUCGUGCCUGUGAUUAGUUCUGCAGAUCUGGUGGCCACCAACCUCAGCAGCCCUCAAAUGCGGGCCCUGCCAGCUACCUACUUCACUCAGGUGUACCCCCAGACUGCUGUGGUCGCCCCACUGCCUCGGGGCAGCUGCCUUUAUGCCACCCCCCAUGGACCUGAGGUCAAAACCAUGCGAUCUGCCUCCACGGGAAAAUUGCCGGCCAAACGGAAGCUCGAUCUCGAAGGAACUGGCCAGCAGUGCCUCCCAGAAUUCCGGACCCCAAAGGGCAAGGGAAGGACACUCCCACCCAUCCCAAGCCCCAAAACCCCCAAGUCGCCUGGCGAGAAGACCCGCUACGACACGUCCCUCGGCUUGCUGACCAAGAAGUUCAUCCACCUGCUCAGUGAGUCGGAGGAUGGUGUGCUGGACCUGAACCGGGCUGCCGAGGUGCUGGAUGUCCAGAAGCGCCGCAUCUACGACAUCACCAACGUCCUAGAGGGGAUCCAGCUCAUCCGGAAGAAAUCCAAGAACAACAUCCAAUGGAUGGGCACGGGGAUCUUCGAGGAUUCCUCCGUCACCAUGAAGCAGCAGGCCUUGCGGCAGGACCUGGCGGAGCUCUCCAAGACCGAGCGGGUGCUGGAGAAGCUCAUCCACGAGUGCACGCUGCAGCUGAAGCACCUGACCGACGACGAAACCAACCAGAGGCUAGCAUAUGUGACGUAUCAGGAUAUCCGUGCCAUUAGCAACUUCAACGAGCAGACGGUGAUUGUGGUCAGAGCCCCGCCAGAAACUCGGCUGGAAGUGCCAGAUAUCUGUGAGGAGAAUGUCCAGCUCCACCUGAAAAGCACCAAUGGUCCUAUUGAGGUGUACCUGUGUCCUGAGGAAAUCCUGGAGGAAAGUCCUGCCAAGGAGGGCAGCUUCCCGGCUCCUUUGCACCCGGAGAGUAGCAAUCCCUCGCCAGCGAAAGCAGAGUCCGUGAAGAUGGAACUGCCAAGCUGCCUGAUGGAAGGAGAAGAUGGCUUCCUGGAGCUGCCCCAGCACCUUUUGCAGCAGACGGAGGACCAGCUCCCUUCCGCCUCCUACAGUGACGCGGGGCCAUUUGUCAGCUUCUCCCCGCCUCUCGACCACGAGGACUACUUGUGGGGCCUGGAGGAGGGGGAGGGCGUGAGCGACUUAUUUGAGGCCUACGACUUGGGUGACCUGCUGAAGAACUGACUCCGGGGCUCCUGCUGCUUCUUACGGUGCUACCGAUCCACUCGCGUGCAUGCAUGGACGGCCACCGCAGGCCUCGGGCCCCUGGCCUGGCGGCACGUGGCUGUGGAGCUUUCCCUGGCGCUCCUCCCAGGCUUUCCGGAGGCCGUCAAGGGCUCUGGUUCUCCCCACUCCGACGCCGUGUGGAGGCCGAGAGUUGCUAUAGGCAGCCUCUGGCUUCUGCCUGGCCUCCCAGCUCCUGUUAGGAAUCCUUGGUGAGUAUCGUGAGCUUGAAGGGCGAUUCCCGCCUGGGGUGAGGCUUGGCAAGUUCCUCAGGUGGCCAGCCACCUCUCCCUGGAAAGCACGCUCUGCUUCCUGCUCGUGUUCUGCGUGCAGCACUCGCCCGGAGAGAGAAGAGUGCUGCCAGCAAUUUGGCGCAGGUUCUGGGUGUUGAAGGAGCCGCCACUGCUGGGCUGUAGGGGGCUGAGAAUGAGCCGCCGCCUUGGCUCCACUUUCUGGCGCUCUGGUCCCAUCUAGGGGGCUUGAACGCUGAGUAACCACAGGGCAAGCUGUCUGAAGAAUGAGGGCUGGCAGUGCCGUGUGUCGGAGCCAGCAGCGUGCUCGGGUGAUGCUUGUGGGUUUGGGAGCCUUUGUGACUUCGGGUGCCUAGCCUUCCCCAGGGUUUGCUGGGAGACCCCAGCAUCGCCCUCCUCCGAUGCGUUAAUCCUUUCAUGAAUGCAUCGCACGGCUUUCUGUUUCGGGGCAGCAGCUGGAACUCCCUUCGGAACUUAAUGCAGUGGGUGCAAUGAGGAGAGGUGGGCUUAUUUUCUUCGGGCUGCUAAAGGCCAAGUGUUGGCCAACUUGCAGCCCUCCAGAUGUUUGGCCUACAGCUCCCGUCAACCGUCACCAUUGGCUGUGCUGGCUAUGGCUGAUGGGAUCGUGGGCACAGACCUCAGGAAGGCCACAAUUUGCCCUGCUCUGCCUAAAGGCUGGGGUCUAAAUGAGCAGCGAUCUGUAUGAAAGAAGCCAAUCCAUAUCCCUGAAUUGGAUCCAGACACGCUGAUCUCCUGUUCAUCUCUGAAGAGAGCAAAUCUCCGCUGUGGCUGCUCCCCUCUGGGUGGGAGCCAUUCCAGGGUGACCAGCUCCAUUCCUCAUUUCUCUCUGAUGCAUGUUUCUUCUCCCAGCACCUGCAUUCCAGGUGUUUUUGCACCUGACGUGCUACCCUCCCCCCAUGGACCUGAAGGAACAUUUGCUUCCAGCCACAGAAGGCUUGGCUCUCUUGCAACGGUCUCCUUCAGCCCUUGUCUUCAGCCAUACCCUGUCCAUGGAAACUUGCUUGGAAGAUGGAAUUUUCAUUUAUUUUUUCUAAUGGCAGAUCCAGAUGUUUUCAGUCUCCCCAUGCAAAUCCUCAUAUCCUGAAAUAAGAGGGGCUUCAUUCUCAUUACAGUGCCUGGUUAAUCAUUUGGCCGCCACAACUGCAUGACUGAUCAGCUGCUUAAUUUGGUCCAGCAAGCGAGAGAAGCGUGCUUUUCCCCUCCCUUCGGUUAGGACCAGGCAAUGGAGCAGCUGAGAGAGAUUUUGCUUGGGCUGACAUCCACAGCUGUAGAAACAUAUUUCAUUCUCCCCCAGAAGGGGAUGCUGCUGUCCUGUCUGUGCUUAUUUAAAGAAGCAUUGCGAACAGCAUCUGGUACCUGAAGCUGUGUUUGCAUUAAGCUCGCCAGGCAACCGUGGGCUGUGAGCAGAGCGGCAGAAGUGGGGAGACAUCCCUUUGGGAUAAGCCGCAGUUGAGCCUCCAGUUUUCCCUAGAUGGUAUGGGGCAGAAAAUCUGCAUGCAGGGAAGCUGUUUUUAGUGGCAGUCUUGCAACUUGUGCAAGGUGCGCAUUCGCCCUGGUGUGGCACCAGCUAUCGAUAGUGAAGCCGUGCUUUCUCAGGGAACAAAGAAUUCACGUUUCUGCUGCUCUUGAUCAAAUGGCCUAUUGGGCAAGGCUGGCCCCCAAGUGCUCGCGCUCGCUCUCUCUCUCUCACCUUGGCUAAUCAAGCACCACUACCUUGCAUUUCACACCUCACUUGCAUUUUCUUCCAAAGGGCCCCACCUGCCCUUCAGUGGGGAGCUGCAGAAAAAUUCAGUUCCACCUCUUUCCCCUCCCUUUGCCUUUUCAGUUGUCUUAGACUUCAGUCCCAGCCAGCAUGGCCCAUGUUCAGGAAUGCUGGGAGUUGUAGUCCAAAACAUUGGAGAGACACCAGGACAGGGAAAGCUGCUUUAGUUGGUGGCAUUGGCUGCUCUCAUUAGCACAUGUGUUUUAUGGUGGGGCAUCUUUGGAGCAAGGAGUGUCGGGGGCACUUACUCCAAAAGUAAAGAGGCCUUGGUGUGUUUGAGUGAUGGACAACGGGGUAGAGGCUGUGCUAAUGCAGGAGUGAUUCCACUUGUAUGCAGGGCUGGAACACCUCUGGGUGAGGAUUUGCUUUCUGGCUGCAGAGGGCUUGUGCGAUCAAGCUCAGUUAUUCCUUUGAGCAUCCUUCCCUUUAUGAAUUCUGUCCUGAGCAAAUCAUUCCCAGCUGAAGAUGUUGUGCAGCCAGGAGGUCUAGGACCGAGCAGGCCGGCUUCUUCUGGUUGGUAGACAGGUCCUCCGGAGCUCCGAGUUGGACCAAAGCCAUCCCUGCUGCAAGGAGACCAGACCUCAGUAGCCAGCCUUUCCCAGGGGGCAGCCCCGCUUUGCACAAGACGACACGAGCCACCGGGCUUCUGUUGCCCUGCCUUGGUGCACCCCCGUCUCUUCCAGCUGGUUCCCUUCAAGUUGCUCUUUCCCCAUUCAAGACCCACCACACCAAGGGGACGGAUGCUGCUCAUGGUCUGCCGGUUGCCAACCACCCAACAGGAGUUCAGGGAUCUCUUUUUCGGAAAAUGGGUAAAUCCUGGGUGAAAAUGCCACAGUGCUGUGUGUGUGUGUGUGUGUGUGUGUGUGUGUGCGCACGUGUGCACACAUGUUUUGCUUGGAGGCGUUCCUCUCUUGCCACAAAAGGAUACUUAAAGGGCUCUGUACUGUGUACCAGUUUGAAAAUAAGCUUUUUAAACAGAGGUCUCUUGAUCGAUUGCGUUGUGUAAAAAAGUCCCUUACUUUGUACAUAGAAAAAUGGAUGGUAGGUUUGGAGAACCUCCAUUUGUUUCUUAGUAAUCAUUCUACAGUGUUCUGUUGAUUGUAAAUGCUUUGGAACUUGGUUUGUAGGAUAAUUAGUCGUUCAUGUUCCUCGUGUGCUGUUUUUUGAGGGUGUUUGGCUGUUGAACCAGCUUCGUAAGCUAGAUUUGAAUAUGGCCUGAGCAUGCAUUAAGAAUGAAUUUCAGCUCAGCUUUGAUCUUAAUUGAGUGCGUGUUCAUCAAAAGGAUGGGAGGGGAAUAUUCCUUCGCAUAGCUUGGUGCUUUCUUUGUCUUGUACGAAAUGAAAAUCUUUGAAACUCCUUCCAAAUGUAUUUGGCCCAGCUCUGCAACUGUGGCUCUUGUCUUAAUAUUGUAAAAGUUGUACAUAAUUAUUGCACUGUAUUUAUAAUGGAAACCAUCUUCGACACUGUUCUGUGUGGGUUUUGUUCUGUUUUUUGAAACUAUUUAAAAAGUAUUCUAGGGCUUUUCUGUGUUGUUGGCUUGCCCUUGUGGCUGGAGAUACAUGCGGGGUUUGGUUUUUUGUUUUAAACUUGAGGCACUUGAUGAUGUGAAGAACAAAAAAAUAAAUAAAUUUUUUGAACCAAGAAAGAUUA